AUGGAUUCCGGAGCCGUCCACUUAGUGGCUAUUGAGGAGAUAUGUGCGGCAGGUCCCGAUGGACUGAACCUCCUCAGCCUUUGGGGCUUGCUUCAAUCUCCUCUAGCCACCCAUGGCCUCCCUCUGUGCCCUAAUGUCAAGGCCGCCUUAUGGUCCAGCCUCCUCAACUUUCCCGGUCUCCAAUUCCGAGCCCAAGGCAAUGCGUAUGACCCCCAAGACAGUUCAAUUCAGUCUGUGCAGAAAUGUGAGCAGCUUAAUUUGAAGAUCAUCGCUUCAGAACGUUUGCGUGAUGAAUUCCUCGGAAUAUAUGAUGUUCAUGCCUCCAGCUCUGCCAUUGAAGCGAAACAGCGCUCUGUUCUUGAACGCGUCGCCAUGGCUAGAAGCAAUGGAAUCACCCAAAGUGAACUUGCAAAAGAACUGAAAAUCAAAGGGAACAACAUUUUUUACAUAUUGAAGAAACUAGAGACUCGAGGGUUGAUAGUGAGGCAGUCAACUGUGGUGAAGACCAAAGAAGCGACUCGCGAAGGUGAGCACAAGAAUAGUUGUAUGGUGGCAACCAAUAUGGUGUUUCUAUACCGUUAUGCAAAGCACUUGGGUUGUCAACAGAGAAUAGAAAUUGUUCGAGAGGACAAACCCUUUUAUGACAAAUGUGAUAAUGGGGGUGUAAGUGGUGCAAAUGACGUUGGUUUUCGUCAAGAUCAUGUUGAGGAGGAUGUCCAGGUGAGAGACUUCUUACCAGCACUUGAAGCUAUUUGUGACAAGCUUGAAAAAGCUGAUAGAAAGGUUCUGGUUGUGUCUGAUAUUAAACGGGACCUUGGUUAUCGUGAUAAAUUUGGGCAUAGAGCUUGGAGAAGGAUAUAUGAAAAGUUGAGAGCUGCUGGGUUAGUCGAGGACUGUGCUACUGAAGUGAGAGGCAAAAAGGUUAAAUGUUUGCGCCUGCUGAAGAAGUUUUCACCGAAAUAUUUUGAGCCCAAUUCUAGUAAGCAUGGAAAUGAUGAGCUUGAACAAGAACAACAAAAAUUAGGAAAGAGAGCUCAAAUCACAGACCAACUUGUGGAGCUUCCUAUUGAGCAUCAAAUUUAUGAUAUGAUUGAUAAGGAAGGCUGUAGAGGGCUGACUAUCACAGAAAUAUACUGUAGGCUGGGUUUACGCCAUAAGCAGUAUUAUGAACGCAUCCUUGAGAUGAGUGCAAGAUUUGGGGUUCAUUUUCAGGCAGAAAGCAGAGACAGAGGUGUUGCCUAUCGGGUUUGGACUUCUCGGAACUUUAGGCCUGAAGUACCCCAUCUUGUUCCAUGCGAUCCCAAGGCCGUGUCUAGUGAAAUCACUGAAUGUGGACCUUGCCCUCUGGUUUGGGAAGCUGACAACUCUAAUCCACUUAUUCAAGAUGUUGAUGCGUCCGCUUCCAAAGAUGUGAAAGCUGCUGUUGGCACAGUGAUUGAAGCAGAAAUUUCUUUUGACUCCACAGCUACUGAUGAUAGCAAUCUGGUGCUGCUUCCUAUGAGUACCACAGAAGCUAGUGUUGAAGUUCCUAAUGUAGAACUGCAUACAGACACUACUAUAUUAGAUGCAGGUCAAUGUGAAACUUCAUCAAGGCGCCGCCGAUCAUACCGGGAAUAUCCUUGUCUCACAUUAGAUGCGACUAAAGCAUUGAGGGAGAAGCGGAUUCUUGAAAUGUUAGAGGCAGAGAAGAUCCUAAUUAAACCUGACCUGCACUGGAGACUUAAUGACCUUGAAAAACGUGACAAGGAAAAAGCAUCACUCAUGGCUUCCAAGACUUUGCAGCGUAGGUUAUCCAAACUUCAGCAAGAAGGUCGGUGUAAAUGUAUAAGUUUAAACAUUCCGGUCAUCACGAACUGUAGUGAGAAACGCAAAAUAGAGGUAGUCCUGCACCCUUCUAUCUCUAUUGAGUCUCCUGAAGUAGUUGAUCAAAUUCAUGAGAAAGCACGGUUUUUCGAAAUUCAAACACGACGUAAGUCCCAUUCUGAAUUAAGGGAAAUUACAGUUCCUGUGUUGGAUGGUGUUGAGAGAAUUCCACUUAGUGUACCAUUGGAUUCUCAAGCUGAGCAGGCUGAAGCAAGGCGCAAUAAUGGGUUUGUACUAUCAAAAAUUGUACGGGCAAAGCUGCUUCAUGGCUUUUUAUGGGAUUACAUUAGUGGUUCACCUGGUUGGAGUGAUCUUUUAUCAAUUGAGGAAAACAGACACAACUUCAUAGAUCCCCAUGGAACUAGUAAAUUGUUUAGACUAGAUGUUGCCAUAAAAGCCAUGCCGCUUGAGCUGUUCUUACAGGUGGUGGGAUCAACCCAAAAGUUUGAGGAUAUGAUUGACAAAUGUAAGAAUGGCCUUCGCCUUUCUGAUCUAAGCUUGCCAGAGUACAGGUGUUUGAUGAAUACUGUAGCAACCGCAGGUCUAUCACGGUUGAUUGACAUUUUACAGCGGUUGAAGCUGAUUCGCCUUGUAAGGGCAGGACGUAUGGACGAUGAAGAGAAACUUGAAGACACCACCCUUACCCAUGCAUUGGAGCUUAAACCCUACAUGGAGGAACCAGUGGCUAUUGCAUCUUCAUCAUUCCGUUUCAUCUUUCCAGAUCUUCGGCCUCAUAUAAGACAUGAUUUCAUUCUCUCGUCCAGAAAAGCUGUUGAUGAGUACUGGAGCACAUUAGAGUAUUGCUAUUCGACUGCCAACUCAAAUGCUGCUUUACAUGCAUUCCCUGGAUCUGCAGUUCCUGAGGUGUUUGGUCCUCGAUCAUGGGCAUCUGCUCGAGUAAUGACAUCUGAUCAACGUGCUGAACUCCUUAAGCGUCUUGCCCUUUACGAGCCUCAUAUAAAGCUGUCUUUCAACGAAUGCCGGCAGAUAUCCCGAGAUCUUAAUUUGACUCAAGAACAGGUACUUCGUAUAUAUCAUGAUAGGCGCCAGAAGCGCAUUAGACUGUCUGGAGAUGCUCACGCCAAAGACCCUGUGAUAGAGACACUGAGCCGUACAUGUAGUUCUUCACGUAGAAGAAAAAGACCUCUUGCAAGGAAUUUCUCAAAGCGUAUUGCAUUUGCAAACAAUGAUCAGUUAACAGAUAGACAAACUUCGUUCAUUCAAACCUUGCGAGAUCAUGAUAAUGGUGUGCCACAGGAUGCUGGUGGUGAUCAGAUGCACACCACAGAAGAACAAGAACCAAAUGAAGAAAGUGAACAUGAUCAAUCUGUAAUGGAUAAUUGUACUGUAUUAAACCUUAAUCCUGGACGUAAAAGGAGAUUUUCAUGGACUGAAGAAGCAGAAAGGCAAUUGCUUAUUGAGUAUGUCAGGCAUCGUGCUGCUCAUGGGGCAAACUAUCACCGCACUGAUUGGGCUUCCAUUAAAAAUCUUCCUGCACCUCCUGAAAUCUGCAGAAGAAGAAUGGCAUUGUUGAAUGAAAAUUUACAGUUCAGGAAAGCUGCUAUGAGACUCUGUAAUAUGCUAGCCGAACGAUAUGCAAAGAAACUUGAGAAAUUUCAGAAUCACAUGUUAAACUUGAAAAGCACAGGAGUACUGGUUCGUGAACCUAUUCAAGGGGAUUGUGAUGAAAAUGUUUCUGAUCCCUUUGAGGAUACUCUAGAGUCGGGAUCUGAAGAAUGUUGGGAUAAUUUUGAGGACAGUGAUCUAAAGAUGGCCCUAGAUGAUGUCCUAAGAUUCAGAAGGGUUGGUAAAUUCGAUUCCUCCAGUUUAGUUGGUUCAGAUGAAUUGUAUGCAGGACAGGAGUCAUAUUGCCCAGAAGAUGAGGCUUUUCGCAUGAGGAAACUUAGUGCUCAGAGAUUACGUUGUCGUCAUAUUGUCCAGAAGUAUAACAAGCUUUCAAAGGAAAGCACUGGAAUCGGUAGAAGAGUGUAUGAAUCAGUUGCUGUUUCUAAUGCUGCAGAGCUUUUUAAGCUUAUCUUUCUGAGCACCUCGAUAAGUCCAGAGGCUUCAAAAUUACUGGCUGAGACAUUGCGCCACUAUUCUCAACAUGAUCUUUUUGCUGCUUUUAGCUACCUGAGAGAAAAUAAAAUUAUGAUUGGUGGAGAUGGUACCACUCCAUUCUCACUUUCUCAGGAGUUUCUGCAUAGCAUAUCUUUGUCUCCGUUCCCAACAAAUACUGGCAAAAAGGCUCUGAAGUUUUCUUGCUGGCUUGCAGAAAGAGAAAACGAUUUGAUGGAAGGGGGAUUGGGUCUUCCAACUGACUUACAAUGUGGAGACAUCUUUCAUUUGUGUGCUUUAGUGUCAAAGGCAGAGUUGUCAAUUACACCGUGCUUGCCAGAGACGGGUAUUGGAGAGGCUGAGGACUCUAGAACUUCUAAACUCCAUAGUUAUAGCAGUGAGGACUGUGGUGGUGACAGGUCUAAGAGACUCAGAACAUCAAUGGCUGGUGACGGCGAAGUUAUCUCUCGUCGAGAAAAGGGCUUUCCUGGCAUUAGGUUAUCCUUGAGUCUUUCACUGGUUCCAAGAAUAGAUACUUUGGAUGUUUUCAAGGACAAUGAAAAUAGUUGUCUCUCAGUCACUUGUGAAAGAGGUGAGACUAAUCCUUUGGAGAUGCAAAUUGGGAGUGAUCCAUAUCAACCUGUUGCAUGUGACCCUGCAAGAAUGGAAGUAGACAAUUGUGAUAUCACCCAAACUGCUGCACCUACCGAUACAUCUCCCUGGGAAGCUAUGACUAGCUAUGCCAUGCAUUUAUAUUCUUCAUUAUCUCGUGAAGGAAGCUCUCCUUUCCAUCCUGAGCUUUUCCGAACUGUUUGUUCCGCCCUUCAGACUUCUGGUGACCGAGGUUUGAGCAUGAAAGAAGUUUCCAAGAUUUUGAGUUUAUCAGGGCCAAAGGAGUCAGAAAUCAUUGUUGAUGUGCUUGAAGCAUUUGGAAGAGCUUUUAAGGUUUGUGCAUAUGACUCGAUUCACGUCAUGGAUAUUCUAUACCGCCCCAAGUAUUUGUUGUCCUCAGCAUCUGAAGCUAUUCAAAUUCAUGGGAGAAAUCCCCCAGAAGUAUCUGAAGGAAAAAGUGAUGCAUUUAAUCGUGAUGUUGAAGGGUCCCGUUUGCAGGAUGAUAUGAGAAUCAAUAGUGGUGAUAUUCAUCGUGUUACUAUUCUUAAUCGUCCUAAAGAGUUUCUUGAAGUAUCAAGUGAUGCUCAAAGUGCCACUGAGUUAGUAAAUGAUACACCGACUGAACUUUCCGUUAGGGCGAACCCGUCAGUCAGAAUAGAUGAGCUCCAUUCGUUUGAUUCUCAUCUAUUUAAACCGAUACUCCCCUGGAUAAAUGGGGAUGGAACUGUCAAUGAACUUGUUUACAAGGGGCUUGUCCGUCGGAUUCUCGGGAUUGUGAUGCAAAAUCCUGGAAUAUUGGAGGAUGAUAUUGUGAAGCAUAUGAGAGCUUUAAACCCACAGAACUGCAGAAAAUUGCUAGCCAAAUUGAUUCUGGACAACCACAUUAUUGUUCGUAGAAUGCAGCAGGCAUCUGUUGGACCUUCUGUUCUUCUAGGUGGCACUUUUGGGAUUUGCAGCAGGAAACCAAAAGUGAUUUGUCGGAAGCAUUUAUUUGCGAAUCCCAUGAGCGGUGCAUUCUUGUGA